AUUCUUUAGCAGUGCAACCCCUCCCCCCCCGACUCCCCCACACACAAGCACACACACACACAAAUUCAAUGGCUAAGUCCUUUGACUAAUUACCAGUGUGUGUGUGUGAAUCGGAAUAAGCAUACAAAUGUUUUCCUGUCAAUACACAUCAAGUGCUUCUGCCCGCUCUCUGUGAAUCGCACAUAGGCCCCACACAUCACAUCAGCUCUUUCACAUCCUUGAAUGUAUAGUAUGCAGAUGCCAUUGUCUUUGUACUGUGUGUGUGUGAGUGUGUGCCCCCUUCUCCGGUCACAAGUCUCUCUUUUCAGCCCACAUCUGAAUGUGGCUGCUGUUAUAGAUCAGGGCCUCAGAUCUGUAGACCGGCCAGCACCACCACUGUGGCUGCUAUGGAGUUCAUGCAAUAAUCGAUGCCCUUGUCUCUCCCUCUUUCUCGCUAUGUGUGUUCCUGUGUGUGUGUGUGUGCGCAUGAGCAAGAGACAGACAACGAGAGAGCAGAGGGAGGGAGGGAGAGAGGGAGGCACGGGCGGCAUAGACUUCCUGUUUUUACAUUGGACUCAUUGGCAGCAGGAAAUAAGGGAAGCACUGCUUUGUUCUAUGUCGAGUGUGUUAUAUGAGGAGAAGCUGAGGAGGACGCAAGAGAGGAAGGAUGAGCCUCGACAAUGAUCCCAGGCAGACGGUCGCAGAACGGGGGUUGGUGAGAAACGGGAACAGUACCACAGUCCAGAAUGCAUCCAAGCCUUCAACUCCCACUCGGAAACCAAAAUCACCCAAGCCGGAGAACGCGGUCACCAUCGCAGUGUCCCCCAGGGUGCUCUUCCACAUGGAGGAGGAGCAGCAGGUCUACGAGACGCAGGGGAUGGAGGACUACAUCCGGUUCCAGAAGGAGCACGAGACGGAGCCCUUGAGCCCCGGACCCGCCUUCUCAUUCGUCAAGGCUCUGGAGGCGGUGAACGUUCGCCUGAGGGAGCUCUACCCCGACAGUGAGGAGCUCUUCGACGUGGUGCUCAUGACCAGCAACCACGCCCACGUCGGCUUGAGACUCAUCAACACCAUCAACCAUCACCAGUUGUUCAUUGAGCGCUUCUGCAUGACUGGAGGAAACAGUCCUAUUGGCUACCUAAAGGCCUAUCACACCAACCUAUACCUGUCAGCCGACUCAACCAAAGUUAGAGAGGCACUGGAAGAAGGGAUCGCUGCGGCUACCAUGUUCGCGCCGGAGAAGAUGACGGAGGUGUCGGAGGCCCAGCUCCGCGUGGCCUUCGACGGAGACGCGGUCCUCUUCUCCGACGAGUCCGAGCGGAUCUUCAAGGCCCACGGACUCGACAAGUUCUUUGAGCACGAGAAGGCCCAUGAAAACAAGCCACUGGACCAUGGGCCGUUGAAGGGAUUCCUGGAGGCUUUGGGGAAGCUGCAGAAGAAGUUCUAUGCCAAAGGCCAGCGGAUGGACUGUCCUAUUCGCACUUACUUGGUGACGGCUCGCAGUGCAGCCAGUUCAGGGACCCGGGCUCUAAACACUCUUCGAUCGUGGGGCCUGGAGAUCGACGAGGCUCUUUUCCUGGCCGGGGCCCCAAAAGGGCCGAUGCUGGAGAAAAUUCGGCCCCACAUAUUUUUUGAUGAUCAGAUGUUCCACGUGGAGGGAGCAGCAGAGCUGGGGACAGUUGCAUGUCACGUGCCCUACGGCAUCGCUCAGAGAGUGGGCCCCAAAAAGCAGGUUAAGGACACAGAGACCCCCAUGGCAGCCAUUUAGUGUGGAAUUAAGAGGAAGUAGUUUUCCUAUGUUCCUAUUUAUUUAAAACAUGAAUGAUACUCGUACAUGGACUGGAUAAGGCAGUAAUGAUGUUCUUUGACUAGCUAUUUGAACCAUACUCAACAUGCUUAUAUAGUUACAGUAUACUUUCUGCAUCCAUCCAUUUUGAUUAAAUGAAAAUUAUUUAAAACACA